GUAUGCCGGAGCAACUCCAUUGAACAGAACAGGCAAAGUUAGGUGCAUGUUGGAUGGAUGUGAUGACAUUUCUAGUCGCUUAUCAUUGAAUUUACUUUUAUAUUAUUCAUAUAUUAUAUUUUGGAUACAAUAACAGAAAACAUGUUCUAGCGCAACUUGGAUAAAUGUGACGAAGGUCACACGAUGCUAGCGUGACAUUGACAGCCGGAAUAGGGUAAUUAGCAUUAGCAUAAGUAUUACAAGAACGCUUAGCUAUGCUCCUUAGCUAGCAAGAGAAGGCGAAACAAUAUAGAAUAUUCUAGAAAGUUCCGUCAUGAUGUUGCACCUAUUCAGGGGGCUGCCCUUGUCUUCGUUCCGGGCACACCUGACACGACACCCCCAGGUGUGCUGCUCAACAGUUGGGAGGAGGGUGCAUAUUGUGUCCGUUCACAUCCGCUGUCAACGAGCUCCACACCCUGGAGCCUCUCACGGUGGACCUUCCCUCCCUCCACACGUCACUGCGGGGACGGUCCUGUCCAAAACGCCUAACCCAGUACACAGACCUCCAUGUAGGAGCCAGUUCCAUACCUCAUCCCCAGUGGGGGCCCUGCCUACUCCCGUUCUGUGGAUGGUGCUCAAGCCCAUACAGAAGCUUAUGGCCAUCAUACUGGGCAGGAGUGUAAGGAAGUGGUGGGUGGCGCUCCCCAACAACCGCCGCCAGUUCUUCCGCCAGUGGGCCUGGCAGCGGCGAUGGCGGCUGGCGUCAGCGGCUGGCGUGGUGGCAGUGAUCGUGGCCCUCCUCCUCCUGACCCACUUGGACGAGUCGCCGGUGACGGGACGCACGCGCCUGCUGGUGUUCAGCAGGGAGAACUACAUGGAGCUGGCGGCUGUUACCUCGGCAGCGGUGCGGGAUAUACACGUAAUGAGUACGAUGCAUGACACAUGGUGUUGUUUAUUGUUUGUUGUACAGUACAUGGAGGAGUUUGCUGAGCUGAUGCUUCCCGAGAGUGACGCCCGUCAUCAGGUGGUACAGCAGGUGGUCCAGCACCUUGCCCAGCGGAACAAGGACCUCGCAGAAAUGUCCGACGUCACAUGGAGCGUCCACGUGGUGCAGAGUCCCAACACCAACGCCUUUGUCCUUCCGAAUGGAAAAGUGUUCAUGUUCACUGGCAUGCUGGAAGCUGUGGCAGAUGUUCACCAGCUUACCAUCGUCUUAGGACACGAGAUGGCUCACGCCUUACUUGGACACGCUGCGGAACAGGCCAGCCUGACUCAUGUGGUGGACCUCCUGUCUGUGGUCCUGCUAACCGCCAUAUGGGCUGUGUGUCCUCGGGACAGCCUUGCACUGCUGGGUCAAUGGGCACAGGACAAACUCACACAGCUGAUGUUCAACCGUCCCUACAGCAGGAAGCUGGAGGCAGAGGCAGAUCAAGUUGGACUGCAGUUGGCCGCUAAGGCAUGUGCAGAUGUGCGUGCAGGGCCCGUCUUCUGGCAGCAGAUGGAGAUCCGGGACCAGCUGAGCGGAGAAGUCAGCCUGCCCCAGUGGUUGUCCACACAUCCGUCUCACAGGAACCGAGUGGCGCAACUGGACCGCCUCGUGCCGCAAGCUCUGGAGCUGAGGGAAAGCUGUGUGUGUCCCGCCCUGCCGUCCACCGACCCUCGCAUCGUCUUCUCCAAGAGUGUACGCGUGCUGCUGGAGGAUGCCAAGGUCCAGGAAAGAGCCGGUAUCCCGAUGAAGCCGUCACAAGGGCCCACCACAGGGGUGGCUGUGGCUCUGCUCGCCCAAACUCCACCACCUUCUUCAGCCCGUGAGCCGGCGUCGGAGGUCGUGGUGGAGGCUCCUCUCAAUGCUGGACAACUGACUCAAUGAGUGGAGACGGCUGUGGUGCUGCUCCCUAAAGACUUCUUUACUCUUCUUCUGCUGUCAGUGGGCAAACCCUCAGGAAAGAAUGCAGGAAAUUGGAGGAAAACCACAUAAAUCCAUGAUACAAUCAUUGCACUUGUACAGGGCUACUCAACGGGUGGCCUGGGAAUGGCAGCAGAGCAGCCGGCGAUUUCAGUUCAAAACUUGGCAGGGACGAGCAUAUUUUUUCUAAAAGCCACCAGAUCACUGUCUCAUAAAGGAUCUCUGGCUAGUGUUUUGGCAGUCUUGUUAUAUAGAGCAGGGUUUCUUACCAUAGGACUGCAUAUGCAAUCAAUUGAAGAAGGCACAUGUAGUUAAACUACAGCUUCCAACCACUUGGUGGCAGUAAUGCAUCAGUCAGUAGUUUGACAAGUUCUAACAAGCAGAAGAAGCCAGAUUCAAGUCUGUAGUGAACGUUUUGGAGAUGUAUUUAAACAUCAACCUACUUAACUACUAGCUGCAUCACAAACAGACGCAGCCAUUUUUAACUUCCCAGCCAGGAUGAGUUGGCUCCACUCCUCUGGCUCUCACCACCACAACGCCACCGGUAAGAUGUGUCAACUUUAUUUAUCCCACACUGGGGAACUCCACUGGUGGCAUCGCAAUCAUUCAUCAGCUUGUGGGAGGAGCGAUUGCCGUCUUUAAUUGAUGAGCUAGCAAAACAAAUAUGUGAAACAUGAGAUCUCACUCGGUGUACAGCCUUCAGGGCUCUGAGUGUACUGAUGUAUUAUUUCAUUUGCAAUAUGUCUCUUUGUUGCUCCAGUAAUACAAUUGGAGAUUGUGUAUCGUAGUAAUACUGCAAAAUUCUAGUCUGUUCUAGAAGAUUUUACUUUCUUUAUUAUUAUUUUUUUUUUGGCAAGCUUAACCAACGUCGGCUUGAUUUGGCUCCACCCCCACUAAUCCUGAAUCCUGAUUCCAAUUGAGUGAAAAGGUUCAUGUCAUUGCUUUGAUCACCUUUUGAUUAGUUUGUUGGCGUAAUUACACAAAAACGACGCAACUUUCCGACUUGUGUGAAACUUUGUGGAGGCGUGUCGCAUGUUCCAAACAAGAGCCCGUUGCCUUUUGGUAAGGGUACGACCAAAGGUGCAGAUAUGACAAUCUGUUGACAAAUUCUGAUCGUUACAGUUAAUUUGCAUUGGGGCCAAGAGGUGCAGUGACCAUGGAGCAAUGAUGAAAAACAGCAUUCAAAUUAACAAAGCAACAGGUUCACUGUAAGAAAAAAUGAUAUGGGGCUUGUGUGAGAUGACCUCGCAAUCUGAUGCAUUUGCAGCACUUCUACAAGGAAAAUGCUAAGCGGAUUUUAUAUUUUACUUGAAAAUUGCAGUUUAUAGGUCAGAAUUUUUUGAUUUAAAUAAAUUAUUUUUAUCAUGUUUUAAUUUUUUUUAACAUGAUAAAACCAGCGUUAUUUUCUUUCAGAAUGAGCCUCCAUGAUCUUCACAGUUUGGCAUGGACACUACCAUCAAUAGCUGAACAAUGAUGCAACAGGCGGCAUAAAGAGAUUGUAGCUUGAGAGGCCAGAGAGACAAAUUGGAAGGAUUGACAAGGCAGCCGAAAGAGAGCUUGUGUCCUUUUUGUGGGCUGCUGUCAUUUACAUUUACAUUUAAAUCAAACAUUUGACAAAGAUGUGCAACUUCCCCUCAAGAAAGAGCCUGAGCUCCUUCUUCUCA